AUGGCAACUCCUGUCUUCCAGAAACUACCCCGACAGCCGAAACGGGUCAUUUUACAGCUCCGUGUGGACCAGUUCAUUGAUUUCCUGCAAAGUGAUUUCGAACAGGCCAUUGAGAAAUACCUUGUUGUAUCUGGGCGAUCCAUGAGUGAGCUACGCUUGGGACGGCAUUUCAUUCAUAUAGAGCCGUUCCAGAGUGACAAUGUGCCUCAGAGAUACUUCCAUAUUGUUCUCGAUCUGGAGCAAAGCCACGGCCCCGUCGCUUUUUGCACGUUACCACAUGAGCUAUUUCAUAUUCGCCGGGCCGGCAAAGGAAUGUAA